GAAGCAUGGAUUAAGUAUGAAAAUUGGUGUUUCAAAUAAUUUCUUCAAAGUAUGGAAGGCGGAAAUGUUCUACGACAAGACAUUAAUUUUCAGGGAUUGUUUAAGAAACUCGGUCAUGAUCUAGAAGAAAUUCGUGUUCGAGCUCUAGAUAAUCUGCUCUCCAAACUAGAACACAAACUGGUGUGUGAUGCUGAUUUAGUGAAUGAGAGACAUCUCCUUAUCAGACUGAUAGAAUGGUUCAAUUUCCCGAGCAGUACCAAACACAAGGAUGUUUUAUUUCUUUUACAGCGGCUAUCACAGCACUCUGCUGCGGCAGAAAUCCUUCAGGAUAUAGGUGCUAUAGAGUUUUUGGGUAAACUGAGGACAGAUGUGGCCAGUUCACUACAGCCAGUGAUUGAUCAAGUGUUGGAGAACACCAUGAGAUUACCAGAGACAAGGGCAGAGGAUCAUGUCCCUCAGUGCUUCUACCAAAGACAUACAGAGGACACAGAAUCUGUCCAACAACAUAUCAUGUCUGGUUGGGAUUCCAUGGGAUCACAAACAAGCAGUUCUUCUGUCCAACUUUCACCACUGAUCCCCGACGCCCCACAUAUAGCAAGUGGAAGAGAUGUGGGCAUGGGCUACUUCCAACAGCAACAGCAGCAGCAACAACCACCUGUAUCCUCCCAGCUAGUGCAGCAGAACUCGGAGGCUGUCAUUCAAGGAAGAAGUGAGAGUUUUCAGUUGUCAGCAUUUCCAUGGCUAGCACUCACACCAACAGAUCGACAUGUCAUACAAUCGACAAAUUCAUCUCUACAGAGUAGAGAACCACAUCUCCUGGUGAGCUCUUGCGAGUUUCUUAGUGAUGUCGUAUUCCAGGACUUUCCUGCAGAAAUCUUUCUUCAGAGGCCAAAUAUUGUCAAAAAUUUAUUAUCAAUUCUUGGAAGUCCAUCCAAUUCUAACACCAACCUGACUAUGAGUGCUGCACGCACACUGGGUGACUUGGCAUUUUCUCUGAGAGCAAGGAUGCGAUAUUAUCAAGAUCCAACAUUGUGUACACCAAAACAAGAGUUUACAUCCUCUUCUUCCUCCCCAUUUUCUGCUUCACCAAGUACAGAGUCGAACCAGUCCACCCCUUCUGAACCUCGACCAUCAGCUAUUGGGGUUACUGAUACACGUCACCGUGGUGAUGGUAGAGAUGGAGAUUCUUCUACUUCUUCCAGCAGCUCGCGGGCAUCUAGUAUUGGCCUUGGCCCUGACAUGACCACAACACGAGAGGAGACCGACAUUGAAGAUGCUCCAGCCUUACAGUUUGUACAGCUCAGCCUACCACAGUUCUGUGCCCUGGUGUUGGAGAAGGCUCUACCAUUGUUAAAAACUGGCGUGGAAAGUGUGAUAGUUCACCUGUUAUACCUGCUGAAGGAGAGUUUCAGCAUUCUUGUGGCCGUGGUCAGUCCCUGUGUCUGGACCGACACUAGUCCUGCUGCUAGAGAAAUUGUAGAGAAGAUAACAGGAUGUCUAAGUGUCAUCGCCGAGCUAAUGAAUUAUCAUCACUAUGGCAAUAGUGAGCUUGAAAACAACAAAUCUGGAUUGAUUCCUCACAGGCUGGCUUACCUUGGUAUCUGUGGCUUUUUGAAUCAACUGCUUAAAGAUCUCAUCCCCUUUCAAAAGGCACGGAGUUUACUGCCUGAGAACUUGGUGAAAGCAAUAAACGUAGCAGUAUACGAUGAGAGUCUGUCCCACAGUUACCCUGAUAUACAGAUCACACUUUUGUCUGUACUACAACUGGUGGACACUAACUUGUACCAGGUGUAUGUAGAUACUGCCAAGGUCGCCCAGUCCAUGCAUAAAUCCUGUAAAUUCCUGAUGCUGUGUCAGCAAGAGGCCUACAAGGGCAACAAAGAGCUUGCUACACUGGCCGAGGCAUCACUGUCGAGUCUCCAGUAUCAUCUUCAUCUUCCUCUUGUCACCGAGUUUGUCAAACUUACAUCCUCUGUGUGUGCAAGUGUCACAGUAGAUCAGGAUCUUCAAGGACGCUGUAAACAGGUGUUACUAAAGUACCUAGCUAACCCACUGGUGCAAGUACGACAGCAGGCAUACAACACAAUGUUACAAAUUAUCAAGGGAGCUGUUUGCGUGAAUGAAGCAUCAGAUCCGAACUCUGAGGCAUGCCGACUUGGUCGCUUUCUUUUUGAUACAGACAUUCUUUACCAGAUCACAGUGUUUGGACUGGACGACAAGGAUGUCAAGGUUGCCAAGACAGCAGCUGACCUGAUGUGCUACCUAUUGAACAGUUCUUUAAUGAUGACCUCUCACCUGUGGAAUGAGUUUAUGGACAGCCUGCUAAGGCCACUUCCUGUCCUCCAGUCCUACUGUGACCAAGAGACAAGCCUUGGGAAGUGCCUGUUGACUAUGUCUGAUCCACAGAUUACAAAAAGUCAUAGUUCCCUCUCCUCUCUUGAGAAACUCAGAGCUACACUCAGGCACAUGUUUUCAUCAGAUGUCAGAACUCGAGCAGAGGCACUGAAGCGUGUCGCCUGGUUUCUUUCUAAUGAAAAGGACAGUACAAAAAAGCUACCAGUUUUCUCUGAACUGGAUGUGACAAACUUAACCAACAUAUUUGUGAUGGAGACACCCAGGUCUGUUGAUGAUGACCUUGGCCGAUCUGUAUUCCAGAUUGAUGGAUUAAGGAAAGUCAAUGAAAUUUUCAAGUCCAUGUCAGUGGAUCCAGGGGUGAAGAAAUCUGCAGCUGACCAACUUGCCAUUAUACUUCAAGAUCAUAAUUUACAUUCCGCAUUUAAAAGAGACGGAGGAUUGGAAAGUGUUCUGGAGCACUUAAAGUUGGCCAUUUUACGAGACCAGGGACCUAGUAAGAUUGAUUACUUGCCAUACCUGAAUGCCUGUGUGACCAUACUUAGAUACCUUAUCCACCAUGACUAUACACUCCGACACCGACUGGCUACAGACCAGGAGAUAUAUACCUGUUUAAUUAGAGCGGCCUUUAUAAAUCAGAGGGAUGAGAGAACAUGCUAUGAGGCAGCUCACACUCUCACACUCCUUCUGUUUGACGAGGUCGCCAAGUUUGAUAUGGGAGGAGGGCAAAAUCCAGUUGUGACAUUUUCAAUACCAAAAGUUUUGAAGAAAAGAUACCGUUUGCCCUUCCGACCUGUUUGUCAUCAUGAAGUAAGUCCUCAUCAAGGCUCCCUACCUGCAGAGCCAGAUCUUCUGGCAAAUGGACCCCCAGCAGAGAUGUUGAAGGUUGUGUGGAACGUAGCCUGGCAUGGAGGAAUGGACAAGCUCCUCUCUCACCUAAAACUGCUGAAGACUAAACAGGACAAGUUCACAGAAUUCUCAGUGAAGCUGCAUCUGACCUGUUCUGACCGUGUGAUUAUUCAAGCCACACAUCUGCGCCAAGGUAUGCAGGAGGCAGUGUUUGAUAUCAGUAAUGCCACCUCCCAUAAAGGAGUCAGCACAGCACUCAACCGACUCCUCACCUACCUCGUCACUGCUCAAGGUCACCCAGGGGUCGAUGAUGUAUUCAACUUGGAUUGGUUCACCACCAUUGGCAGGUUUCUGAAGGUGACCCCUUCCUUGACUGCAGAUGAAUCCUUGUUACAAGAAGUUCUGAAGUUCAUUUGCAUAGCUCUUAAACUGACCAAUGGUGUGCCAGAUAACACUCUGCAAUGGCUAGGGGAGAUGUUGUACCAACCAUCAGGUACUCUGAUUGGUUUACUACACAGAGCAUCAGUGAAGGGUGAAGCAAGGGAUGUUCCAGAAAAUGUGAAUAUUAAAAGGACGCUGGACAAGGAGUUACUGUCUUUUAUAGCGACAUAUAACAGUAAACUACCAUACCUGUUGUGUAGAAGACUGAAAAUACAACAGUUGAGAGGGGACCUUUCUCACCAGCUGAUCCAGCGACUCAAUGUAACGGACGCCCCUCACUUCUACAAUCUUGCCUCCCUUGAGGGAACUCUCCAAUGUUUGAUGCACAUUACAGCAAGACCAGGCUGGAGCCAUGAGAGUACAGAACUAGACAGUGGGGCACUCUGUUCUCAGGUCCUCCAUUGUUUACUGGAGGUGGUGUCUGCCUUUCACAUUGGACGUGGAGGGACAUCAAUGUCUUACAUGGGAAAGGGUGUCACCAAGUCUGCCACACUCUGUCUGCGACACCUUGCACAUGAGAUGGCCUCAUACUCUGAUGACAAGAACUGGGCUAGGCAGUGGUCCCACCUUCAGCAGAAAUCUGAUGUGUCCCACAGUCAUGGAAUGACAGGAGACUCAGGCCUGAUUUGGAUGUUAACACUGUGGGCAUACAGAGACCCAGAGGUUAGAGCUGCUGGCCUAGGUAUAGCUGUAGCAUUGACAUCUACAGAGCCAGGUCGUAUUGUUAUGACAUCUCACUGUAAACAUAUCCCAGGAGGCAUUUGGGGAGCAGCAUUCAGCAUUCUGCUGGAUCAGGCGGAAUGCAGCAUGGUUCGCCAGCAGGCAGCAUUGCUUUUAGUGAAUAUGACAUCACAGACAAUGCCCUGUGGCAGUGUGGAGCUGGAACAGAAUGUGUGGCAGGGACCUAUUGUUACAGAUACAGAGUUUGAGGUGUCUCUGGUUGGCCUGACUGCUCUGUUGGCACUGAUUCACCACAGCCAGUUCUACCAGGAGAUGCUUGUUCUGUUGUGUAACUUCUAUGCCCAGCCCACCAUCCAGCCAGUCAGUGUCCUUGAGGUGCCGGUCAGUCAUCUGUCCUCAACAGAGUCAGAGUCAACCCUGUCUACUGUAGCAGAUUUUGGGACAGAUGGGCUUCAGAGUACUUCAGGAAGUAACCAGCCAAGGUCCAGGGGGAGGGGACAUAUUCACCACACAUCUAACUCCAGCGGCAGCAAGACACGCCAUUCUACCACUGACCCUACUGGGAACAGCUCCAGCAGUACUCUGACAGGAGAACAGUUGGAGUACCAGAGUAUUGCCACGCCUUCCCUGGUGUCAUCUGUGUGUCAGUUCCUUCGUAACCUGGUGAUUCUGGCACCACAGGAUACAUUCACCUGUCUGAAAAAGGAUUCCUAUGUACAGGUCCUCACCAAUCUGGUGGACACCAACUUAUUAGAUGCAUACAUGACAGAGAUGGGGGAAGGGUGUUCUGAUCAGUUAGAGUUAGUCUUCUGUGACUUACUACACAUGUAUGCUUCUAUCUUGGAUCUGUUACGAGCUUGUGUGGUGUAUGACACCCCUAUCAGACAGGAAGUGUUAGCUAAUGAGGAUUUCAUCAGGUCAACAGCAGCUCUUCUUACCAUCAGAUUUCAGGGCUCUGCUGAUGUAGAGGGAAGUUGUCAAGUACUCUGGAGUUCUGUCCUAUCCUUCCUUACUGUCCUUCUUCAGCUACAGGGAGCCUCUGCCCUUCAUAGCUUCACUAUGGCUGCCCACACUCUCUGGACCUCCACUGCAGAAACACUGUGCUCUGUGUUGGAGAAAAGAUUGCACCUCAACAAAAAGCUUUUUGACAACUGUUUACGGUUUUUAUCCAUACUCUUCAGUGAAGAGGGCAAACUUGUUGGGAGACAGCCCCAGUUAGCAGAGGAUACCAUCACAAUUACUGGCCUUCUUAAUACUCCUCUAAAAUCAGACACAAAAGAACAAGACCAAGGGGAGGUAACUACAGGGAGCCAACUAUGUAAGGUCUUAGUCAAUGUGUAUGAACACUCAUGUCUCAAGUCAACUGACUACAAGGAGGCUGACCGUGUCCAUGCUGCCACUGCUUUGCGCACACUGCUGGCUAUAUCCAGCUCGGCCAAAGCCAAAGCUCUGCAAUUGGGCCUGGUAGAGAGUGUCAUUGAUCAUGUCAAACAGACUCACAACAAACUGAACAUGGAGUCACUCCAGCCCGGUAAACCAAACACCAAGAAGAAAGAAGAUCCACUCAUGUCUGAUCUCGUCCUCACAUUUGACCUUCUGCGCAACUUCAUCUUCCAAAAUCUGGAGGCUAAGAUGGCCUGUUACUACUCUGGUCUGCAUAACAUCCUACACCGGCUGUGGGCUUGGUGUCAAUUAGAUAUGGCAGUCAUGUCAUCUGCUCUCUCCCUUCUCACCACCUACAUAGCUCACUGUCCUACAGCCACAAGUUCCCUGGCAUACACUACAACUGCUACCUCAACUGGAGGUCAAAAAACACAGCAACUUAGUAACAACUCCCUUGUUCACUGCCUCAUACGCUUGACCGGGAGGGAUGGUAUAAAGGAUUCCGUCCUCCGCACACUUUUCUCCCUCCUUGCCACUCUGACACUAUCCUCAGAGGGCAGGAACAUUGUGUUUAAGAGUAACUUCUUGAGGGAAUUCCUGAGUCUAAAUCCUAGGAAAAGUAAAAAGACAAAACAUACACAGAACAUGGAGCUGUUUUGGCUGGAGCUGCUGGUCAAUCUCUCUUUCUCUGUGGAAGGUCAACAGAUGCUCCUAAAGACAGGAGACUGUGUGAACCUGCUGUUGGACUUUGUGGAGUAUGGACAGGGGAAGGUCCAGGAGUGUGCCACUCUUAUCCUCCGUAACAUGUGUUGUCAUAGCAGUAAUAAACCCAAACUUCUCGCCUGUGACAAACUGCUGCCCCACCUGUUGGAGUGUCUGACCAGUGACAACACCCAAAUCCAAUGUGUGGCUGCGUCAGCUCUAUGGGCACUGGUCUUUAACAACCAAAAGGCCAAGGUGAUGAUGAAAAAUGCAAAUGUGAUCCCUAAACUCCAGGAAGUAAUGAACAACAUCAACAAUCACCACAGGCGAGACUUGUCAGACGGAUGUCUUGAGAACCUACAGUCAGUGAUAGCAGCUGUGGCUGAAUAGUUACUACAUCAACAACCACUACAGGCAAGACUUGUCAGACGGAUGUCUGCUGUGGCAGAUAUAGACUUGUAGUCUUCUUACUUAGCCUUUGGAAAGUCAACAGUAAGCAGUAGCCAUGUGUGACAGCAGUGGACUGGAUCAGUCAGUUAUAGACUAGUGUUAGGAUGUUUAUACCAGUGUUGUAGAAUAUUAUCUGUCAACUCAUUUAGAUGGUGGUUAGUUAAGUGGUAUAUUUAGGAAAAUGCUAAACAUGUUUAUUAUCUUAAAUCCUGUUAAAGAUUGUUUACUGUGAUAGAUGAAGGUGUCUUGUAGUGUCUGAUAUUCUAGAUAUAUUCAGUUUAUCAGUGAUAAGGACAGUAUCCUUAUAUCUGGUAGAACAAUGAAAAAUUCACUCUCAGUUUAACAUUCCGUCCAGAGAGAGUAAUGUAACACAGAUACAAGGUAUGUUACUGAUUGUAUGUUAACAUUCUGUGUUAUUUGCUUGAUAUGUCUACUCAAUGUUAUUUAUGAAAAAUCAUGAAUUUGUAUUGUAUUGACAAUAAAUAUAUAACAAUGA